UUGAAAGCGUUACUUCCGUGAUUCUUCACAGACCAAUCAGCUUUGUAUGUUCUGCUCGUGUGCAUCCUUCCGAAUGGCUGCUAAGGGUGUUUUUGUUUUAAAAUCUGUGCGCUGAUUGGCUGUUGUCCUGCGGCGCCCGCUGGUUUAAACUGGGGGGCGGGACGAGGAGCAGUUUGAAUUCUCCGCCGCAGACUCGAACACACGCAACCACACGCACACUGCGAGAGGCGCUGGUCGGACCUCCACUCCAGGCAGCUCACUAUGGCCUCUCAGAAUAUGGACCCUGCAGCAGCUUCAUCUACAGCCACCCUGAAGGGCAGCGAGACCGGCGGCAGUGCAGCCAGAGGGUCGGUCUCCAAAAGACUGCAACAGGAGCUGAUGACUCUGAUGAUGUCAGGAGACAAAGGCAUCUCAGCCUUCCCAGAGUCAGACAAUCUCUUCAAAUGGGUCGGAACCAUCGAUGGAGCUCAGGACACAGUCUAUGAGGGGCUGCGUUACAAACUGUCUCUGGAGUUUCCCAGUGGUUAUCCUUACAAAGCUCCAUGCGUCAAGUUCAUCACCCCCUGCUUCCACCCCAACGUGGACGAGCAGGGCUUCAUCUGCCUGGACAUCCUGAAGGACAAGUGGUCUGCCCUCUAUGAUGUCAGGUCCAUCCUGCUGUCCAUACAGUCUCUACUUGGAGAACCAAACAAUGAGAGUCCUCUGAACACGGCUGCAGCUGAACUGUGGGACAACCAGGAAGCAUUCAAAGCCCAUUUACACUCAACCUACCAGAGCUGAAGCAACCCUCAUCCAGUGCUGCAUCCCUCAGUGUCCUGCUCCUGGCCUCCUCUGUCCUGUGUCUGUCUGACGUCCGGCUCGCUUUGUACAGUAUUUUUAUGUUUCAACCUUCAAUGUGAAUAAAGUUCUUAAUUGUCUGAUUUUAUACACAUUUACUUCUUGGACAGAUAAGGGUCUGUGCUAGAGAAAAGGUAGAAGCUCGUCAUCCCUGGCUCCACCAUCAGACCAGCUACUCCCUGA